CGAGUUUCUAUCGUUGCUGCUCUUUCUGGUGUUGUUUCUAUUGAUUAGAAAUUACAGCUGUGCUGCUCUUUCUUGUGUUGUUGAUUUAUGCUAUGUUCUAUUGCUAUUACAUAGUACAUAACAAGCAUUUAUAGAGCUGCCUGCGUCUGUUAUUCUCUCAUGUGCGUUGUCUCCCCUAUUGAGCUGUCCGUUAUUCUUUUCGUUUAUACACGGUCCUCGAGGUAUUUAGGACACGGCGGUAGCGGAAAGCCAGAACCGAAGACCCUGGAAACCCUGUUGAAAAUAAACUGAAAACCGAUGAUCCCAGCUUCCAAUAAAGAUUACGAAUUGCUUUUUUUUCCUCUGAGUGCAUAUUUCAUGAUCUAUUUCUCCGGAUAAGCGGAUCUAGUUCUUUACCUUCACUUUUUCGUGCUUUGCGCCGCUCUGGUGAUUUUCCCCCCUCUGCCCACAAACUGUGUGCCGCGAUAACCUUCUCAUACCCCGUCAGGUAAAGCUAUUAAGCUAUUAUUAUUAUCAUUUACUUUAUUCAACUCCUCCUUUCUUUUAUGCAGGACGUGCUCUUGCGUGCCCGUGGACACCGAUAUGCCCACCAUCUUUUACCAGGGGCUUCACCCUUCUGGUCUUCCGGUUUAUAUGAGCGAGUAUACGGCUGUCCACUCCAGCCGCCUGACCGGUUGAAAUCGCAAACUCCUCGCAGGCUCUUUCGCGCAGGAGACCCCGACGCCGUGAGCCCCUCAGGACCUGCUUCCUGUCGCGAGCUGCGACCUGUGGCCUGCGGCCUUUGCGACCUUUGGGUCCGGACAGUACCAUGGCCCUCUUCCUUGCGUCCCACGCUGUUUUCUCCUCCGCCGUAGCUCCUCGUAUUUUUGGGAGGUCCAAAGGAUGUGCACCUAGCUGGACUGUGGCAGCCAUUGGCUGUCCUGCUGUGUCGCUGAGUCGACAAUGUGGCGGCCAGUCCACUGCAGCAGGGACCAGUGAUCGACGGCGAAAUCAAACGCUCGGCUUUAGCAUCGAGACGCAGGACUUAUGUACCCAACGCUUUGCCACACGCUUGAUACGACUAUCCGAUUGCGCCCCACCAGACGGAGACCUAUCCAAGCAUUACCGAGGCGUAUUCGAGACAAACUGAGUCCUAUUCCAGACAGAGAGAAUCUUAUCCCAGCAAGACAGAAGCGCACCCCAUGCAAGAUCCCAAGCAAGCCAUCGUCAUCCUUCGACCUGGCCAUCGACAACAAGGACUUUGACUAUGGUAACCAAGGGAGGAGCUACGCGGGCUACUAGACUCUAGAUAGAUCUCAUUGUUGUUAAGAUUAAGGAUAUGAAAUUCCAUUCAUUUAGAUAGUAGAUACAAAUUGUUUCCGCUUGUUCAUUUAUUUAUACUAAGCUAAGUUUUAAUGA